UACUUGCCCCUGGUCUAGACGGUUGUUGUCCAGCAGAUGGCAGUGUGACGAUGUUCAGCUGUUAGCUCAUUGUCAUUCAUCAGCAGCAGAAGAAACAACCGGGAAACUGCUUUGAUAGGAAUUAAACAUCACUGACAGGGAUCGGUCGUUAUGUCUCAGAGGAAGAAAGCGGUUUCAGCUUCUCUGAAUAAAACUCAGAGAGGUUCCCACUCUUUCAUGAACACCAGAUUCAAGGACUUUCAAGGACUUUUUCAAGCACCGUUUAUUUUAUAUCAAGCACCUAUCAAAUUCACAUUACAUAUGGAGUGUCAUGAAAGACCUCUUACACGCUCUCAGUUAUUGCUGAAUGAGGGUGAUGAGGAUGCAACCUUCAGCCAGAUAACAUCAUCACAGGUCCAGAGAGCUCGAGAGAACUUCACAUCUGAUCAGAUAGACCGCAAGGUGGCAGAGGUGGUCCAAUUCAUCUUGAUUAAAGACCAAAAAAAAAUACCCAUUCGAAGAGCAGAUAUUGGCAAACAUGUGAUCAAGGAUUACAAACACAUCUAUACAGAUAUCAUCAACAGAGUUUGCCGUACAUUUGAGCAGGUGUUUGGAUUAAAGCUGGUGGAGACUGAUCCCAAAAAUCACAUUUAUAUCCUGAUCAAUAAGCUGGAGCCCAUUCAUGGAGAGCCUGUGAGCAUGCGUCCUGAAAACCCAAAGAAGGGUCUGCUAUUUGUCAUUCUCAGUGUCAUUUUCAUGAAGGGUGGUGUCAUCAAAGAGAAUCUGGUGUGGAAUACACUCAAGAAGCUGCGGGUGGAUCCAGGGGAGAAACAUGACGAGUUUGGUGAUGUAAAGAAGGUGGUCACAGAUGAGUUUGUACGGCAGAAAUAUUUGGAGUAUGUGAAGAUUCCUCACACAGAGCCGGUGGAAUAUGAAUUCCGCUGGGGACUGCGGGCAGAGAAGGAGGUGUCCAAACUCAAGAUACUGGAGUUUGUUGGAGAGCUUUUUGAGCAGGAUCCUCAGAGCUGGACACAGCAGUUCAGAGAGGCCAGUACUGCUGGUACCAGCAGCCAGAGGACAUCGUAACCUGUGUUUCCAUCAAGUUUAAUGCUUUUCAUUUAUUACUGAACCAUUUUUUUGCCCAAUAGUUUUGUGUAAACACAAAAGUUAUAAACACUUAACUAUAUUAAUUGUAAUAUUUCUUUGUAUUUUGUAAACAAAAUAAAGUUAUUUGACAACUCUC